AUGGGCCAGGAAGCCUCCGCCCCGCGGCCUGGCACUGACCUCCAGGUCAUCGGCGCCUGCCUGCCGAGCACCGGCAACAUCACCCUUUCCCUCGCCCUCGAGAUCCUGCUACGCGGCCCGGUCUACCACGGCGCAACACAGGUCUGCAAGGGCCCGGCAGAGAACAUGGACUCAUGGAUCGCCGUGUUCAAGCGCUGCCCGGUGCGCGACGAACGCGACGCACAGUUCAUCCGCGAUACGAUCGGCCACGUGCUCCGCGGCUACGCGGCGACGACCGACGGGCCGGGAUCCUGCUUCGUCCCCGAGCUCGCGGCCCUGCAUCCGCGCGCCAAGGUCAUCUGCACCGUCACCGAUGCCGACGCGUGGGCGCGCGCGCAGGACCGGCUCGCGGCGCAGAGCUUCGCGUGGUACCUCCGGGUCCUACUCUUGCCGCUGCCCAACGUCCGGCGGUUGCCCGAGUACUUCGACGCCCUGUCCCGGGGCCGAUGGGCCGAGAUGUACCAGGCUCCCGGGGAGGCGGGUCUGCCGUCGAGUCGGCGGAUAUGGGACAAGCACAUGGAGAAUCUGCGGGCGGCGGUGCCGGAGGACAGGCUUGCGUUUUACGAUGUGCGGGAUGGGUGGGGCCCGCUGUGCGAUGCCCUGGGGUGCGAGGUGCCCGACGUGCCGUUUCCAGAGGUUGUCGAUGAUAGUGCGGCCAUCGAGGGGUUUGCUAAGAGCGUGGUGUUUCAGGGCAUGGUGCGAUGGGGUGUGAUACUUGGGGUUGGUGUUGCAGUGAUGGGGUUUUGGCUCAGGUAA